AUGGCUGAUGCAAGCGAUUCGGUAUCUGGUUCGGAAGAUGAGUUCAAUUCUCCCGAAAGCCCAGGUCCUUCAACAUUAAAACAAAGUAGUAAAUCGACCAGGAAAGACAGUGGAGCUGCAAAGUACAGAUCCAAAUUUAACACUGCUUGGAAAAAAACAAUACCCUUUCAUCAACGAAGUAAGAACAGAUAAACACAGCUUUUACUGUACAAUCUGCAAGCGUAAUGUAAAAUGCGGUCACAUGGGUCUUUCGGAUGUACAACGACAUGUUACAACAUCAAUGCACCAACGAUAUGCAAAAGACGCAAGAUCGCAGACAACCCUUUCUUUUCAUUCGUUAUCAAGCCCUGUAACUGAAAAGGUAAAUCUGUUUUUAUUUAAGGAUAAAUUUAUUCUUCCUUAUAAUAUCCAGUAAUUAUCCGUUGUAAAUAAAGUUUUUCCUUUUUUGUUGAUGUACGUAGACCAUGCGCGCUGAAGUUAAAGUUGCCACGAUGCUCGUCCAGCACAACAUCCCGCUUGCCGUCGCUGAUGAACUUACACCACUUUUUCAAGAUAUUUUCUCUGACAGUGAAAUCGCCAAGAACUAUUCCUCUAGAAGAACAAAAACCGCUUGCAUUAUCAAUGGCGCUGUUGCUCCUUUCUUCCAGCAGAGUCUUGUUGAACAUGUAAAGAAUAAUCCUUUCUCUAUUGCUAUUAAUGGCUCCAGCGAUAAUGCUGUUGAAAAAAUGAAUCCUUUGACAGUUCGAAUUUUUUAUGUCUCUGUAUAUAUUUUAUCCUUUAUUCCAUUUAUGCUACUUAUAUAG